GCAACACUUACAUGGGCCAGUUAGGUAGAAACAACUUACAUAGCAGGUAGUCUUGUUUUCCCUGGUGCAAGCCAGCAACAUAGUGGGUGUUCUUUUUAUAGAUACAGAUUGACCUAUUUUAUUGCAAAAGCAGCCUAGUGUAUCAGUGCAGAGGAAGUGCCAGUAGUUUUGUCAGUCUGGAUUGUGCUCUGAUCGUCCAGUUUUUUUAAAUUUUUGCCAAUUAAUUUUUAAUUCACAUAUUAAAACAUGGCAGACAGGAAGAAAGUUUUAAUCGGUGCAGGAAUAGCAUGGGCAAUUUCUGUUUGUUGCCUUCUCUUGAAGCGGAAAUUUUCUUCGCGUCCUGCACUAUUAAGUUUCAUACCUUCUUUAUCAAACGGAAGUCAAAAAAUGGAUAAUGACAAAGAGGAAAAAUCUACUAAUGAAGAUGCUGGGGUAUCGGCCAAAUACGAGUCUUCCAAUUCCAAUCAAAAUUCCGAAAAUUCUGAUUCUAGAAGACAAUGGGCAUCGAAUUUUAUGACAGCUGCGUCACCCCCAAAAUUCGUAUCAUUGGAAGAAAUUUUGCAUGCAGCAAAUGGAAUGAAAAACAUGGCAUUAGCGCACGAAAUAGCAGUUGACAAGAAUUUUCAGUUGCAAAAAUUGGUUGAGGAAGAAGGCGACAGCUUACAAAAGCGUGUAAAAGAAAUAGUUCACAAAGCCUUUUGGGACGUUCUUGCUUCCCAAUUGGCCGAGGAUCCACCAAAUUACACGCAAGCUUUGGUCUUAUUGACAGAAAUUAAAGAGUGUUUAAGCGAAUUAGUAAUGCCACAUCACACAAAAAUACGUGAUAACAUCAAGGAAAUAUUGGACGUCGAUCUUAUCAAGCAGCAAGCUGAAAAAGGAAUUUUAGAUUUUCAUCAUUAUUCCUCAUACGUACUCUCGAUAAUGAGUAAAAUUUGUGCCCCAGUAAGAGACGACAGAAUAAAAGAACUUGGUGAAUGCACUGAUGUGAUAGAAACGUUCAAAGGAAUAAUGGAAGUAUUACAAUUGAUGAGAUUAGACUUGGCAAAUUUCACUAUUACGAUGAUGAGGCCCAACAUCGUAGCAUCCAGUAUAGAAUACGAAAAGACCAAAUUCGCAGAGUUUUUAAAAGUUCAAGCAGAUGGUCUACAGUACACCAGACGAUGGCUCCUCAAACACUUUGACGAGGAAAAACAUGUUGCUGCAUUGCAAGAUGCUAACGGCAUCAAACAAGUCACUCACAAUUUAUUAGCCGAAGCUUAUUUGGAUUUACUCGAGUGGGAUUCUAGUCCGGAUGCUGAAACUUUGAUGCUCGAUCAGGGCAGACUUCUCGACCUCAGAGACAAAACUAGUAGUUUGAACAUAAUGGGUUCAAUAUUGUUGCUAGUAAACAAUACCAUUGGUGCACCGAUUCAAGGUGUUUCCAGUUUCAAGAAGAACCUCAAAGAACAUCUGGUCGUCCUCUUGGAACCCGUUCAUUCAAAUAAAGAUUUGGAAAAAGUAAUGCCGAACAUUGUAUUGCAAGUGAAAAAAGACGUAAAUGCGACGCUUAAGGAGAUCGGCGCUCCUCAAAUGACACCAGCUGUCGAAGGAAUUUUGACUGGACAGAUACAAGAUCUCGUUAACGAAGAUCACAAAAUUCGUCACCUCGUUACUUUGAGAAUAAGAGAAUUCUUGCAAAAAAUCAUACUCUCACAGUCUGCGGUCCAUCAACAAAUACCCCCGGGUUUGUCUUCCCUGCAGGAAGAGCUGGCCUCUAUUGCAGCGAGAUUUUUGAUUCUGGUAGCUCACAACAGAAGCGUUUUCGGCGAGUAUUACCAGCAGAUUGUGGCGGAUGAAGUAGCGAAACAGAACGAGGUGGGCGAUGUUAAUACAAUGGAGAUGUGAAAUCUCACAGAUUGAAUAAACAUCGUUACGUGUGAUGUAAAAUUUUAAUUACGGUGCAAACACUUAUCCAGACACGCAUUUGUCUUGUUUGACACACGUACCGUCGACGGACUAAUUAUCAUGCUCGGAAAUCCAAUAUCCAGCAGCAUUUCUUUUUUCCUCUUUUGCAUCAACUCGUCGAUGCAAAUUGACCGAUUAACCGAUAAAUCAAUUUUGUAUUCAUCAAUACGUAAAACGAAUCACUACAGACAGAAAAAAGAGUGCACGGUGCCCUCGUCCUGUACUAAGAAAAAGAAACGUAAUAUUUUCAAAUGCUUUGCUCUCCGAAGAUUUUGUAUACCUCAAAAUUGAAUGAAUUAUGAGCGUGUCGAAUGUACAUUUUCGAAUUUUUUUCCCCAUUCAAUUAUGUAGUAUAUAAAUAUCAUACAAAAAUUUGUAAUAAAUGAGCCUAAACAAAAUUCGGCCCCCGCUGGAA